AUGGAUUCAAGGGCCUUUGAGUCGAAUACCCCAGAGAUUCCUGAGGUAGGCUUUGGCAGAAUAAGAGGAUCGAACCCUCAGAUAGUAGGAACAAUGGCAAUUCGCUCCUGUACUAAUGAUGGAGUCGGUCCUACAAUCAAGGUUAUCGAUUCUGUUCCGUACCAGCCGGUACGGUCGGAAUAUACCAUACCAGCUAACAAUCCGUCAAGUGUAGCAUCUGGCCCGGCUGUAAGAUCCAAGGAUCCAACAUGGGCUUAUGGCCGUGUUGUGCCGGAUGCAAGAAAUAACACCCAGUGUACCAUGUUUCUUAAAUCCCUUGAUGUGUCAAGCCUAACAAAGGAUGCAGAUACAUUUUUUAAGUUGUUUGAUAAAGUUUUUCAAGAAGUUGGGCCUGAGCACAUUGUGCAGUUCAUUACAGAUAAUGAUUCUUCUUACCAGUCUGUAGGAAAGAAGCUAAUGCAGAAAUAUGGGUCAUUCUAUUGGUCUCCUUGUGCAGCCUAUUGCAUUGAUUUAAUGUUGGAAAAUUUUUCUGAUAUUAGAUAUUUUCCUAUCAUUGAUGAAACCAUUCAAAAGGCUAAAAAAAUUACCAAAUUCAUAUACAACCACGGCAAGAUUUUAUCUUUGAUGAGAAGCGACUUCACUAAUGGUAGGGAUUUGAUUCGUCCAGCCAUCACAAGAGAUGUCAUGGGAAAGGAGGUGGCUGCAAUUGUUUUGGAAGAUAAAGAGUUUUGGUUACAAUGUCAACAAAUAGUGAAGAUUAGUGAGCCUUUGGUUAGAGUACUACGUCUUGUAGAUGGGGAUGAAAAACCAUCAAUGGGAUACUUAUGGGAUAAACAACUCCAUAGUCCAUUACAUGCAGCAGGUUGUUAUCUCAACCCUGGAAUCUUCUUUAGGCCUUCAUUUAAGAAGCAAAAAGAUGUUACAAAAGGCCUACUUAGUACCAUUACAAGGCUGGUUUCUGAUCUUGAUGAGCAAGACAUUCUUAGUUCUCAAAUUGAAUCAUACAAAAAGUCUUUAGGUGACUUUGGAACGCCUAUGGCAAUCCACCAACGUGAAAAACUAAGUCCAAUUGCUUGGUGGGAGCAAUUUGGAAAUGACACUCCAGAAUUACAAAAGUUUGCAAUUCAAGUGCUAAGUCAGUGUUGUAGUGCAACUGGUUGUGAAAGAGCUUGGAGCACAUUUGAGUUUGUCCAUUCCAAGAGGAGAAAUAGGCUUGAGCAUAAACGUUUGAAUGACUUGGUGUAUGUUCGUUAUAAUCUAUUGUUACAAGAAAGGAACAUUAGAAGGACAAAGGAUUAUUUGGAUCCUAUAAGCCUUGAUAAUAUUGAUUUAACGGAGGAUUGGGUAGCUGAGGAAUCUAAAUUUCUGUUACUAACUGAGGAAGAUGUGAAUUGGGCUAGCAUUGAAGAAACAUUAGCAACAAUGACUUUGGAAGAUGAUGAUGAUGAUGAUGAUGUUGUUGUUCUUCAUGAGGAUGAUGGUGAAAAUGAUGUUGUGUUGACAAAUGCUAAUACUCAUGUAUAUUAUGGUCCUGAUGUAGAUCCUUUUGAAGGAUGGGAGUAG